UCUCCCCACUUCGACGUUGAGCUCAAAGCUGCUCCGACUCGGACUCGGCGCUGCCAACCACCACCCAGUUGAGCUUACCGAAUCACCACUUGUGGCCUUCUUUGACCACACCCCAUCUGAGCAGCCUGCCUGUCGCGACAAGAGCAGGACAGCUGCAACUUCCUCUCCGUCACACCCGGACUUACAACCCUCGGAGCAUGGUAAUCUAGCCCAGCUGGGUGCAACCGACAUUGAGCAAUGGCAUCUGCUCUCUAUCGCGGCGGCGCUCGCGCCCUGCGAGCCCUCCCGAAUCGUGCUUCUCCCACCCAUCAUUUUAUCGCGCGCCGGUGGCAGUCUGCGCCCGCAGACGGACAGCAGAAGCUUCUGUCUGCACAUCUCCGCGAGGCCGACUCCACGGUAUAUGAUAUCAUCGAGAAGGAAAAGAACCGCCAGAAACACUCGAUCAACCUGAUUCCUUCCGAGAACUUUACAUCCAUGGCCGUACUCGAUGCUCUCGGCAGCCCCAUGCAGAACAAGUACUCAGAGGGUUAUCCCGGUGCCCGCUACUACUCAGGCAAUGAGUUCAUCGACCAAUCUGAGCGGCUUUGCCAGCAAAGAGCACUGGAAACCUUCGGCCUCAGCGACAAGGAAUGGGGUGUCAACGUGCAGUCUCUGUCCGGCGCCCCUGCCAAUCUCUAUGUUUACUCUGCCCUGAUGAACACCCACGAUCGCCUAAUGGGCCUCGACCUGCCCCACGGCGGGCACCUCUCCCAUGGUUAUCAGACCCCAACAAAGAAGAUCUCUGCCGUGUCCAAGUAUUUCGAAACUAUUCCCUAUCGCCUGGACGAGGAGACAGGACUCAUCGACUACGACAAGCUUGAUGAGAUGGCCACGAUAGUCCGGCCAAAGAUCAUAGUGGCGGGUGCCAGUGCGUACAGUCGACUGAUUGACUAUAAACGGAUGAAGGAGACUGCAGACAAGGUCAACGCCUACCUCAUGUCUGAUAUGGCCCAUAUUUCAGGUCUUGUUGCAGCCAAGGUCCUACCCAGCCCCUUUGCGUUCUCAGACAUCGUCACAACGACCACGCACAAGAGUCUUCGCGGCCCGCGUGGCGCCAUGAUCUUUUACCGCAAGGGUGUUAGGAGGACGAAUCCCAAGACAAAGCAAGAGAUUAUGUACGAUCUGGAGGGCCCAAUCAACGCGUCCGUCUUUCCAGGCCACCAGGGUGGCCCCCACAACCACACAAUCACUGCCUUGUCCGUCGCACUGAAACAAGCUCAGGCCCAGGAUUUCAAGGUCUACCAGGAGCAGGUACUUCUGAACGCGCAGGCCCUCGCCAACCGUCUUGGCGAGUCGAAGACGAACGGUGGCCUCGGCUACAAAAUUGUAAGUGGCGGUACGGACAACCACCUUGUGCUUGUCGAUCUCAAGCCACAAGGAGUCGACGGCGCGCGAGUUGAGCGCGUCCUUGAGCUUGUUGGGGUGGCCAGUAACAAGAACACUGUUCCUGGCGAUAAGUCCGCCAUGAUUCCUGGUGGCCUCCGCAUCGGUACACCAGCAAUGACGACACGCGGCUUCACCGAGAACGAUUUCUCCCGUGUGGCCGAUAUUGUCGACAGGUCCGUGACAAUCGCCGCCAGGGUAGACAAGGCUGCUCGUAAGGCAGCCGAGGAAAAGGGGGACAAGUAUAAACUCAAGUUCUUUUUUGAUCAUCUCGGUAGCGGCGAGGAUGACGCCGAGAUCGUCCAACUGCGUGCCGAGGUUGCUGACUGGGUUGGCACGUAUCCUUUGCCAUGGGACGAGUCGGCCUGAGAAGCUAGUGGAUGGCCCAUUUUCAGAGGGUGUGCCUGACCUCGUGGAACGGUUCGAGACCACUAGACGCUGCGAGAAUGA